AUCAUAUCUAGCAGCAACAGAAAUACCACAGACAUCACCAUGAACACUUGUCCUAGCUUUGAGCACAUUUGGUAUUUCUGAAAAUCAAUAUUCAUCAAUAAAUGUAUUGAUGGCAGAUGAUACAGAGAAAAUAAAAGGCGGUGGAUCAGGAUCAGUAAAGAUGGAGUCAAGGCAGCAAAAUGGUCAUCUUGAAUUUCUGAGAACACUAGGGCUUAAUAAUUACUACCCAAACAUGCUGACUCUGAAGUCUUUGCUGGAGAUCAACAAUGCCAGUUUAUCUAAUAAAAAGGUUCAGACACUGCACGAGAUACCAGAGGCUUUCCUACGCAAGCUGCUAAUGGUUAAUUCAAAUUCACGAUCUGUAAUAUGUGCACCUGGUGAAAAUAAGGAAACAAAUGAUUUAUUUGCUGUACAGAGCUGUGAUUCUACCCCAAAUCUUCUUGAUCUCCACGCUGCACUCUUCGCCUGUGCUGACAGUUUUCUUCAGCAAGAAAUGGCACUAAAAAUGUCAAUGUGUCAGUUUGCAGUGCCAUUUGUGUUACCUCAAGGAGUUCAAAAACAAUUCACUCUGAUGUUAUGGGCUCUUAGGUCUAUCCUGAUAGAAUGGCGCCCACAGUCAAUGACAGAAUCUAAAGGGUUUGUUGAAGACAGUGUUGUUCAUGCAAAAAUUCCUAUGAUAUCAUUUGUAAGGCUAAGCAACUGCAGCUUGUCCAAGUCAUUGGUUUUGAACAAAGUGCUCAACAAUUCACAGCAAAACCAUGACUUCUUUUGCCAUCGAGAAAUGAUUGGAGGAACUGCUCCAAGAUUCAUCUCUAAUGGCAUGGUUGAAAUAUGCUGGAGUCUGCCAUGUGGAAAAAACAUUGAUGUCUUUCCUGAGCCAGUGGCUUUUGCUAAUUUAAGAGGAGAUGUUUGCACAUUCGAAACCCAAUUUAGUUUCCUUUCUCAGGUGUCAACAGCUGUCUUUGUGUUCCUAGACAGUAUUGAUGAAAAUGAGCAAGGGUUGUUUGCCUCUUUACAAGAAAUGAAGUCCAAAUGCUUUCUUGUGGUCAACACUCAGGGAAAUAUGAGUGAGAAAAUAAAGUCAUCAAUUAAAGCAGCAGUUGAUACUCUGCAACUGGAAAGAGAUCACAUCAUUCUGAAAAGCCAAACCAUGAAUGUGGCAACAUUCUCAAUGACGAUCAGUUCUGCCAUUACUAAAGUGCUAGAGGACCCUAACCCUAGAUCAUAUGAAAUGGAGGCUAUGAAGAAAAUUGCUCAAAAAUUAGACCUUAGCAUUGAUGAAAGUGACAGCAGAGCCUGUGUGUUAGCAGAGGAAAGCGCAGAGGAAAUCAGGAAAAGUAUUGGAGUUCGUCGCACAGUGGAAUAUAAAGAAAAACGACUACCACUGCAAGGUAAAAAUUGGAAAAGACUGGCUCAGAUAGAAAAAGAGCAAUGCCGAUUACAGCAUUCAGGGGUGUUGAGUUUGGAGGAGUAUAAGGUCCAACUUCAAAUGGAGAAAGAUUCAAUUAGAGAAAUACAAAGCAAGUUUAAGAUUACAGAAACGAUGGACAUCUUAAUAAAGGCAUUGUCAUCCUCAGAUGAUAUCGAGCGAGCCUUUUUUCUCAGAUGGUUGGGACUAAAACUGGACAUGCGAUCACGCAAACACAUGACAGAACUUAGGCACAAAUACAGAGAGUGUGAACAAAAGAAAGACAAAGAUGCUGUAGCCACAUUAGACCAGGAGCUGAUCGAUUCUUCUCUUGGCAUCGAGCAUUACAUGAGAGAGCUGGGACAAAUCUAUGAGGCUGCUUCAUUUGGUUCAACUAACAUGUCUGAAAAAAUUCUUAAUCUUCCUACUCUGGCUGCCAAAGUGCUUCUGUCUGGGUUUCCUCUUGAACUACUUGAUGGAGAUGCAUCAAAUAUCCCAGAGAAAUGGGUAAGUGAUGUUCUCAUGGAGCUUCACAAGAUGGUUGGGGAAAAGAGCCGUUUACUGGUUCUGACAGUGUUAGGGGUUCAGAGUACUGGUAAAUCAACACUACUCAACACUAUGUUUGGAGUUCAGUUUGCAGUAAGCAGUGGACGAUGCACACGUGGAGCAUACAUGAUUCUCCUACCUGUGGGUGAAGACUUGAAGGAAGAGUUACUUUGUGACUUUGUCCUUCUGAUUGAUACAGAGGGUUUGAAAUCACCAGCACUGGCACAACUGGAAGACAGUUAUGAGCAUGACAAUGAACUGGCCACAUUUGUGAUUGGUCUUAGUGAUGUAACCAUCAUAAAUGUAGCAAUGGAGAAUUCCACAGAGAUGAAGGAUGUCUUGCAGAUAGCAGUUCAUGCUUUUUUACGGAUGAAGGAAAUUGGCAAAAAAACAGUCUGCCACUUUGUUCAUCAAAAUGUUGGUGGUGUAUCAGCACAUGAGAAAAACAUGACGAACAAAAAAAACCUCAUGGACCAGUUAAAUGAGAUGACACUGAUUGCAGCUGAGAUGGAAAAGCAACCUCAUGUGAAGAAAUUCACUGAUGUUUUGCAUUACGAUGUGGAAAAGAAUAACUGGUAUAUACCAGGCCUAUGGCAUGGCACUCCACCAAUGGCACCAGUUAAUACAGGCUACAGUGUUGCUGUUCUUGAUUUUAAGAAAAACCUUUUGGAGAUGCAUAAAGAAAAAAAGGAUGAAAAUCCCUUUCAGAUUCCAGAGUUCCUGAAAUGGAUGAGUAGCUUGUGGAAGGCAGUGAAGUUUGAGAAUUUCAUAUUCAGUUUCAGAAACACUCUUGUGGCCCAUGCCUAUGACAACUUAUGCAAAGAGUUUUCAGACUGGGAAUGGUCUUUCAGAAGACACAUAUUGACUUUGAUUACUAAUGCAGAGGUUCAACUGUCUAACGCUGAAACAAGUUCUAUUACAGAAGUCGCUGAAACACUGAAGGAAAACUUGUACAAAGAGAUUGGUGUUCAAACCACAUUAAUAACUGAAAAACUGAAAGACUACUAUAAACAGAGGGACCGUUAUGUGCAUUUGGUGGAAAAGUACAAAGCUGAUUUUACUAAUAACAUUAAAUCUCUGCAUGGUGAAAUUACAGAUGAAGUGAGAAAGACAAUUGAAUAUGCUCUUGAGAUGAGAAUAAGCAAGAAGAAAGUAGAAGACAUACAGAAUAAGCAAUCUGAAAUAAUUAAACACAAAAUCCUGCAACUACUGCAAAACUACAAAGAUCGCAAAGAUGAGGUGACUGAUGAGGACCUCAAAGCAGAUUUUGAAAGCAUGUGGAGCCGUGAGGUGGGAAAUGUCACAGGUCUUACAAAAAAAGAUGUUCCUCGGGAAAUUUUUUUGAAGCUUCGUUCAAGUUUUGGACAUCGUAAUGUGACACAAUAUCUGCAGACAAUUAUGACAUUGACAGAAUAUGGGCAAGAAGAGUUCAAGGCCAAGAAAGAACAUGUGAAACUGGGACAGUUAAAAGGUUUAGUUUAUGCACACCGUAGUGUAAAGCAAGAUCUACAGAAUAUGGCAGAUAAUGCCAUUUCCAGUUGCAACAAAAUGAUUGAACAGUUUACACAAUCCAAAGGUGAUUACCAAGCUAUGUUUACCAAAGAUCUGCUUGAUGAACUUGAAGAUCAACUCAAAAGAGCAGGCACCAAAUAUACUACAAAAUUUGAGUUUGACCUGAAAUUGCACAUUUGUGGCAUUGCCUCUCGAAAAUUCACAGAGAUGCACAAGAAGUAUCUCACUGAGCAAGAUCCAUUAACACAUAUACAGAAAUUUAAGAAGCAGUAUCUCUCCGAUUUCAUUGAUUUGUACAGAAUGAAUGACCAGUGCCAAAGGAAAGCUAAAGAAUUCACUCAGGUCUGUCUCAAACCAGCAGUGACUGAGUACAUCAACCAGUCCAUCGGACCUGACAUUGUUGAUGCAGUUUUGGAGAAUAUAUCUACUGCAUAUAGUUCACGAUCACUAUUUCAGUACACCAUUCAGAAGGAACUGCUGGAAAAAUCAAAUUUCAAUGAAUUUGAGAAAUACAUUUUACAUUAUGAGAAUUAUGUGAAUGACUGGAUAUACAAUCACAUUGUUGGAUGCUUUUCCAAAGACUUAUCUCUGCAAAAAUUAAAAAUGAAGAAGGUGGAAAUAAUAAUUAAACAGCUCAGUGAAUCAGUAGAAACAUCUAAAAUGGAAGACAAUGGGUCUCCUUUGCCCAAUACUGUAGAAGGUUGCAAACAUUUGAUUAAGAAUCUUUGCAAAACUAUGAGUGAUGUCAUCGCAAUACCCAUGAGCACAGUGGACAAUGUCCUGUUUCAGAACACAAGCUGUUGUGAUCCAUUCACCAAAAGCCUCCGUGAAUGUAUUGGUGACCUGAAACAGCAAAUAUCAAAGGAGAUCUCAGAGUCAACUGAUAUCAAAGAGACACUGAAAAAUGUGUCAGUAAAACCCCAGGAUGAACUUUUCAGGAGGGUGUUUGGAUGUGGAGUGCAGUGUCCAUUUUGCAAAACACCAUGUGAGGCAGGAGGAAAGGAACAUCAGCUACACCAUGCAGCUGUGCACAGACCAAAAGGUGUUGGCAUGUACAGAUACAUAAAUAAUAAUAUCCUUUGUGAAGAGAUCUGCACAUCUAGUGUUCAUGGCAAUGGGACAUUUCAAAAUCAUGACACAAAUUUCCAACCUCACCCCUUCAAAGACUACCGGAAAUAUUACCCAGACUGGCAUAUUGCACCUGACAUGUCAAUAGAAGCCUCAGAUUACUGGAAGUAUGUGCUGGUGACAUUCAAUAAGGAAUUUGCUGACAGUUAUAAAGCAUUGCCAGCUGUUUAUCCUGAUGUGUGGAAUCAAAUCACUAAAGAUCAGGCUUUUAAUAGUCUGAAGCUCAUGUUUAAUAUUAAAUAAUCGACAACUGUCAAAAUUUCACUGCAAACAUAUUGGCAUUUGUGAAGAAGACAAACUCCAUCACUCACAGUUGCAUCACUAAUGUUAUUGCUCAGGUGAAGCAGAAACUGGAGCACUAGUUAUACAUGACAGUUCUUUUUACCUACUUUUAUCAAAAUAUACAUAGAAUCAGUGUUUUUAAAACUAGGAUUUAGGGGGAUUUAAAUGUAUUAUAAUUACAUUAUAUCUGUAUGUCUAUAAUGAUACAUUUUUUAAUGUGUAGUAAAUAUUUAGUCAUUUUCAUUUUUGGAUUAUUUCAUUGACUGUGAUGUUAAUUCAAAUGUUAUAAAUGUUUAUUAAUCAUUUGGUUACAACUGUUUACUUUGUUAUACAUGUUACUGUUAUGGUGAGUAAUUUUGUCUGAUAUUCAAAUGAAUGCAUUAUUCAGAAUAUAUUGUAUGAAGGUAAGAACAUAUUCAUGAUCUAACUGCAUAAACGAUUUAUACCAGAACAAUAUCAAUCUGUCACUCAAAACUGGCCGCAAUGGCAAAUGUCAAUGCAAGGUGAUUUACAAAUAAACCAAUAAAAAUGAUGAGAUGAA